GAGCCACUCAUGUUGAGCCAUUCUCAGGAGCGAGUCCUUUGCACUGCACACAAGCAAGAGGAGGAAACUGCAGCUGUCUCUUAAAACACUGCCUUUUGAUGACCUGCUUUGCAUUUGGACACUUGUAGACCAGAUUUUUUGGUGUUUGAGCAGAGGGUGGGCGAGCAACUCUGGACUCGAAGACAGAGCAAGACUCACCUGAGCACACUGGUGGAUAUCCUUCCUGCAACUGAUCAUUCCAAAAUAACCAAACCUAGUUCUUAUCACCAGCACAUUCGCCAGUCGAGCAGAUCAAGAGCAGGCUCCAGUUUCUGCGCUGUGAAAUUGAAUCAGAGGAGACGAAGAGGCAGUACAGCAGAGGCAUUGUGUCCCUGCAAUUGAAACACUAACCAGCUGAAAAUAUCAAAGACCAUCCUGGACAAAGAGCUCUUCUCAAUCCUCCCUUGCUUGUCAAAAAUCGGCUGUUGAAGUAUAAAGUGAUCAAAAGCUGCACGACAUUCAGAGAGAGCAGGGAGGCUAAGGGGACCAUACACGAGGGAGAAGGACUGUGUGCAGGUGCCAGGGCUGCCAUGGUGCGUGGAGGUGGUGUAGCUCCAUCCUGCAGAGGCCUGUGGGUGUUCGGCGCCCUGUCGCUGGUGGCGCUGUGCUUGUCGGACCAAGCUAUUCGUUGCCCCGUGUGCUCAGAGGAGAGGCUGGCCAGCUGUCGUCUGCCAGACGGCUGCGAGGAGACAGUGCGGGAGCCCGGCUGUGGCUGCUGUCCCACCUGCGCCCUGCCUAAAGCUGCACACUGUGGCGUCUACUCACCCCGAUGUGGCACAGGGCUUCGCUGCUACCCGCCACGGGGUGUGGAGAGGCCCCUGCACUCGCUGAUGCAUGGCCAGGGGGUGUGCACCGAUGAGCGGGAGGUGGAAGAGAACUCAGCGAUGGACAGGCAGGAUGAGAUCAUCCCUGAGCACCCAAACAACAGCAAUAUCCGGUGCAGUCCACAAGACAAGCGGUGCAUACAGAAGACCCUGGCCCGGCAUCCUCUGAAAUCCACGAAUCAGAGGAGCAACACGGCCAGGGAGGAGACCAAGGCGGCGCUGGCUCCGUGUCGUGCUGAGCUACAAAGAGCUUUGGACAGACUGGCAUCAAACACCCGCACACAUGACGAUCUCUUCACAAUCCCUAUACCCAACUGUGACAAGAACGGAGACUUCCACCCUAAACAGUGUCACCCUGCACGUGAUGGCCUGCGGGGAAAGUGCUGGUGUGUGGAUCAGAAGACGGGCAUGAGGCUGCCGGGGCCGUUGGAGCAGCGAGGGGAUCUGGACUGUCACCAGUUAAUGACUGCCACCCUGAGGGAUUGAGGAGUGGGGUGUGGCAGUGGGGGUGCAGGACCAGCUGAAUUCUACUGCUGCUUAUUAGUAGAACUAUAUGAGGAAAGGACUUCGCCCUAAAGCCUCACUUCAACGAAGGCCAACGGUACUUGACCUUGCGCAACAAAAAGGAAACCAUCGAAUUGAGUUCUUUUGCUAUUUUGUUUCUGUGUGUGACAGUUUUUUUUUUUAGUGUUUUAAGCACUUGUGUAUUGUUUCUACUUUGUGAACCUAAGGCCGGUAGUCCUUAGACUGGUGGCAGAAAAUAGGCCCUUCUAGAGAUAAGAAAUGUAGUUGUGAUAUUUGUUUGAGAAGAAAAUAUGUUGUUUUCUCUAGUCUAACUUUAGUGUCGUCUUCUUGAAUAGUGACAAGAAAAUGCAUCAACCCGAGCAGAGACCUGAGAGACAACAGGAACUGUUCAUAUUUGUUUCAUUCUUUCUGGAGCUACUAGAUCAGUUUUAAUUACUGCAUCAGCACAAUCCAGAAAGGUUCUCAAUUAAAGGACUGUGUACUACUUUAUUCACACAAUAUGUGUAAAUUGUUGUUAUUUACUUUAUUGUCCUAUAUUUUGUUAACCCCACCCAUCUGGUAAACUGGUCAAAAUAAACCAUAAAGAAAGUUUACAAGCACAAAGUUUAGUUUAGAGACAACACAAGAGUAGCAAUAAUACAUAUCCAAUCAAAAAAGAAAGAGGGGUAACAAAGAAUUGCAUCAACCGCCUGCCUUGAAUUAUCAUAUGAUAAACCAUAGCUCUUCACAACAUGGGGACCAAAGUGAAAAGUGACACUCAAAUGAAAAACUGUAUCUUUAAAAAGCCUGGAACAGAUCUGCUUCAUCAUCCUCUGGUUAACUCUGUGUACCCCUUUAGUUUGAGACAGGGCUCUCUCCAGUAGGAGGAUUGGCAGUGUAGCUGGGCUAGAAACUCUGUACACUGCUGAUAGGAUAAUCUUAUUUUUCCAGCUGGUGCUAAGAUUCCAGUGUGACACUCAUGUUUGAAUGAAAGUGUUUCAGCAUACAGGACUUCUCUCCUAACAGACUGCUUGACAGAUCUUUGGUGGUGCUAUUCACUGAUUGUGCCAAAAACGAAAACAAAUAUGGCUUCUGCACUUUUUGGGGCAUUGUUUAGGAUUAAAACAGAAGACAGACAAUUUCAGGAAGUGGUGCAAUUAGCAUCACCAAGUGUGAGGGGCACCUCAAUGUAUGACCAUCUGAAUAAGUCAUUGACAAAGGCCUUCCAUGUGUGAUUUCAUGUUAUUGUCAAAAUUUGAAUGUAACAUCCUAAAUUAGCUUUGCACUAUCAUUACAGCCACUGCAGUAAAUAACAGGCAUGAUGUCUUUAAAGAAAACAAGCAGAGUGUAAUAACUUGUAAUGAAUUUGGGGGCAGCAACGCAACAUGUAGAGAACAUGAAGCCUUGAAUAGAGGACUCUGGUGUAGCAGUAAAGAGAGGAAUGAUCAUAAUGACCCUGCUCUGUUAAUCUGUCAAGGCUAGUUAAGAGGCAUCAUAAUAUCAUCUAUGGAGAAUCACACUAAUCAUUAAAUGAGUGACUAAGCAAUUCCUGAAGUGUUUUAUACAUGACAGGAGAAGCUGGUUAUACUCGUAUAGCAAUUCGAUUGUACUGGUGGAGUGCAGUACAUGAAAGUAGCAGGUUUAAGCUAAUGCUGGUGUUUGUCAUCACCAGCUAUGAACAGCCUGCUCCAUCUGUUCUAUGGGACACUUUGGCUAUUAUUGAGUCAAUAAAAGAUUCAUCUGGGUGGUUACUA